AUGGCGACCGACAACUCGGACCCAAUUCCUCCCCACAAGACGUUCGAUACCAUCCUGGUACUCGACUUCGGCUCCCAGUACACGCAUCUGAUUACGCGCCGCCUCCGCGAACUCAAUGUCUACUCUGAGAUGCUGCCAUGCACUACCAAGAUCGCUGAUCUGCCUUUCACCCCCAAGGGAGUUAUUCUCUCUGGUGGCCCGUACUCCGUCUACGAGGAAGGCGCACCACACGUCGACCACGCUGUUUUCGAUCUCGGCGUACCGAUCCUGGGAAUAUGCUACGGACUACAAGAGAUGGCGUGGCACUUUGGAAAGAACGCUGGCGUAGCUGCUGGCGAGAAGAGGGAAUACGGACACGCGAACCUGAAGGUUGAGAGUCACGGUGGACACAUGGACCAGCUGUUCAAGGACUUGGGCAACGAUCUCGAGGUCUGGAUGAGCCAUGGUGACAAGCUGAGCCACAUGCCUCAGGACUUCAUGACGGUUGCGACAACUACCAACGCGCCAUUCGCAGGUAUUGCGCACAGCACCAAGAAGUACUACGGUAUUCAGUUCCACCCUGAGGUUACACACACAAAGAAGGGUAAGGUUCUGUUGAAGAACUUCGCCAUCGACAUCUGCGAGGCCAACACCAACUGGACUAUGAGCAAGUUCGUCGAUCAGGAGAUCACGCGUAUCAGGAAGUUGGUGGGCGACAAGGGACAGGUCAUUGGUGCCGUCAGUGGUGGCGUCGACUCGACUGUUGCUGCAAAGCUGAUGAAGGAGGCCAUUGGCGACCGCUUCCACGCCGUCAUGGUCGAUAACGGCGUCCUGCGACUCAACGAAGCCGUCCAAGUGAAGAAGACGCUCGACGAGGGCCUGGGCAUCAACCUGACCGUCAUCGACGCGUCCGACCUCUUCCUCGACCGCCUCAAGGGCGUAACUGACGACCCCGAGAAGAAGCGCAAGAUCAUCGGCAACACUUUUAUUGAAGUCUUCCAGAAGCAAGCCGAAAAGAUCAAAGCAGAAGCUCACGAAUCUACCGAUGCUGGUGAUAUCGAAUGGCUCCUUCAAGGUACCCUCUACCCUGACGUUAUCGAGUCGCUCUCCUUCAAGGGCCCUUCCCAAACCAUCAAGACACACCACAAUGUCGGUGGUCUACCAAAGGACAUGAAGCUCAAGGUCAUCGAGCCUCUACGUGAGCUUUUCAAGGACGAGGUCCGUGAGCUGGGCAAGGAGCUCGGUAUCCCCGAAGACCUCGUCUGGCGCCACCCGUUCCCCGGUCCAGGUAUCGCAAUCCGCAUCCUGGGUGAGGUCACACGCGAGCAAGUCCGCAUUGCGCGGGAAGCCGAUAACAUCUUUAUCGAGGAGAUCAAGGCCGCGGGUCUGUACAAGAAGAUUAGUCAGGCGUUCGCUGCGCUUCUGCCUGUCAAGGCAGUUGGUGUCAUGGGUGACAAGCGAGUUCACGACCAGGUCAUCGCGUUGAGAGCUGUUGAGACAAGUGAUUUUAUGACAGCGGACUGGUACCCCUUCGACGGCGAGUUCCUCAAGAGGGUUAGCAGGAGGAUCGUGAACGAGGUGAACGGAGUUUGCCGCGUGGUAUACGACAUCACCAGCAAGCCUCCCGGUACUAUUGAGAUGGAGUAG